AUGUUUGGGGGCAAAGGAAAUGCCAGCGUUAGCGUGGGAGUGGGGAGGCCACCUCAACUCAUCCCAGAGAAGCUGCGGGACGAUGGCUGCAAGGCUUUCUAUCUGGAAGGUGGCUAUAACAAGUUCCAGUCCGAGUACCCCGAGCACUGUGAGACCAACCUGGACUGCUCCUGUCCGAGCAGCUCGCCGCCGACCUCUGUCCUGGGUCUGGGAGGACUUCGCAUUAGCUCUGACUGCUCUGAUGGGGAAUCUGACCGCGAGCCAGGCAGCGCCACAGAGUCGGAGGGCAGCCCCCUCCCCAACAACCAGCCAGCGUUCCCGGUCCAGAUCCUGCCGUACCUUUACCUGGGAUGUGCCAAAGACUCCGCCAACCUGGACGUGCUCAGCAAGCACAAUAUCAAGUACAUCCUCAAUGUGACGCCCAACCUGCCCAACAUGUUCGAACACGAAGGCGACUUCAAGUACAAACAGAUUCCGAUCUCUGAUCACUGGAGCCAGAACCUCUCACAGUUUUUCCCAGAGGCCAUUUCAUUCAUUGAUGAGGCGCGCUCAAAAAAAUGCGGCAUCCUGGUCCACUGCCUGGCAGGAAUCAGCCGCUCGGUGACCGUCACGGUGGCCUACCUGAUGCAGAAGCUCAACCUGUCGCUCAACGACGCCUACGACUUUGUCAAGCGGAAAAAGUCUAACAUUUCCCCCAAUUUCAACUUCAUGGGCCAGCUCCUGGACUUUGAGCGGACUCUGGGCCUGAACAGCCCCGGCUGCGACAACCACUCCUCCUCCCCAACACAUGACCAGCUGUUCUUCACCACCCCGACCAAUCACAAUGUGUUUCAGCUGGACACGCUGGAGUCCACAUGAAAAUCAGCAAGGGGACUGUCCCCUUUUUUGAAAGUUGCGGGAGUCAUGGUGGUGUUCUUACCAUGGUAACAAGCGGCUGCACUGAAGCCAGCUCUACGCAGCCAGUUUUAAUGAAUGUUUUAGCCUCCUGAGGCUCGUUGUCCGAGAGCCUGGCCAUGGAGCAGCGUUGGAGGGACAGAGGAGGUCACACAGGCCACGUGUAAGGGGUUUAAGGGGUGUUGUAUUUUCAUUAAACCCAGAGCAAGGAACUGACGGGUUUGCAAUGGAAUCCUCCUCAGAGUUGACUGAAUUUUGAUCAACUUCUCUUGCAUCAAAAAGAAGAGGAGGAGACCUAACUGACUGAGAAACUGAGCAAAGGUUAAUAGCUUCACACAAAGACAGGAACACAGAAAUGUCUACGGCACUCGAUUUCCAAGACAACAGCGUCCUCUCUGUCUUUCUGUCUCAGCCCUCGAGCUGAGUUGACUGGUGCCAAGUGGAGAAUCUGGGAUUUGCUCGUAGGAAAUCCCGCUCUACUGAAUGUAGAGUUUUUAAAAACCAAGGAAUUUACAUACACUUUACAUGCACUCACACACACAAAAACAAAGUAUGUAUGUACUGUAUGUAUGUCAUCAUACAUAACAGAAAAUGUGUGUGCAGUCCUUAACAAGUAUGUCUAUAUGCAUUUUUGUAUAUUUUUGUGUACAUUUAUGCACAACUAUAUACCUUAUAUAAAUAUUUACACAUAGAAACUUUAUCUUUGUUCAAAAACAAAGUUAUCCAGUCCAAUGAUGGCUUAAGAGAUUGUAAAACUACAGACGGAGAAUGGGUAGGGGGCGAUGCCAACAAAAAGAAACGUUGUUGUGAAUUUCCUACUUGUCUUUUUUUUUGUUUAAGUUUUGUUUUUCUUUUAGGUUUGUAAUGACCUAAUGCAGUUUGCACAGUGAUGUAGCCAUUGACUUGUUGGCACUUGAGCCAGUGCUGGAAGCAGGCAGAUAAAGAGACAUUCAGAGAGGAGGAGGGGAGAGAGCGAGAGGAGAGGCCAGUCCCAGGCUGCGACGAGUCCAGACAGCUGCACUGUGCAGUGGGGAGGGAGCAGGAGCGGGGCCCCCGGCCAAAGACCGAGGUUCAGGGUCCAGAACAGGACAGACAGUGGGGAAGACUGGGCACACAUUUUAGAGUUGCCAGUUGAAUUGUAGUUGUGUCAAGAUUCAACAAGCUUUAACAUUGGCAAGCCAUUUUUAAGUGUGAGUUCCCAGUUCCUCCUUUAUUCUCCAUAUGACUGUUCAUCCAGUUGCCUAAGUUGUUUGUUUAUUAUUAUAGUCAUGUGUUGCUUUUAAAUUUCAUUUAAAUACUGACUUUCCUUGAUUAUAUUGUCACAACACAUUGUCUUACUGGUUAGUUUUGCCAAACUGGUUUUUAACAGCUACGAUUAUGAGGGAGGGACUUGAAUGAGGGGUUCAGGUUGGCCGUUUUUAAGGUAGUGUUAACAUCUUUCUGAGCAAAAUUCUUGGGCAGCUAAUUUUAGCAACUUUAGGCAAAGAAGUGCCUCAAACACUCUUGUAUUACUUACAUUGCAAACUUCUUUUUCGCCCAGGAGGAACAUGUUUAACGUGUUGGUCCAUCUUUGGGUCCUCGCAGGUCCCGAACAGAUGCCAAAGAAGGGACUCUGGGACAAAGGACUGUGAUUAUAACUUGGGUUUCUAUGCUUAGGACUGAGGUGGUGUUGUGGACUUGGACUGGCCUCAGCUACAGACUGCACUUAUACUUAAUAGCUUCAAGCCCUUCACUGUAUUGGAGAAAAUGGAAAAGAAAGGGGAUUAUCUAUUCUGUCAAAGAAAAUUGAGUCCACGUUGACUCAACCCCCCCCCCCAUAAAUUAAAAAACAUGGUAGUUAUCCAUAUGUUAUUUACCUGAGCAUGCUGUGGCACUAUAAGCUCUCAAAAAAGAACAUGUGACCACAUGUAGGCUGUUGCUUUAUUAGACUGGGAGAUGAAUGCUGAGGACUGUUUUUUAACUGCUGUUGCUGCUGAACAUGGUGGCACUCAGUAUGUGUUCAGGGAGUUUUCUGAGACCCCUUCCACAUUAGUAGCACUUAGCAAAUUUGUUUAAUUAAAAAAAAUAAUUAUCAAAACUUAAAUUGUCUAUCUGCUGCUAAAAUUGCCUUCUUAAGUUUCCUCUCAUGGCGGAGCGACACUGCAGCACAGUUUAGUUAAAUCUGUAGAUUCACUUGGACUCAUGCAACAAAAAACAACAUUUCACUAAUAUUAUUUUAAAUGUCAUAUUUUAUCCAUUAGAUUUGUACAUACAAGUGCUUAAUGUUAGAUUAAGACUUAAACCCUCAUAGCUGCACAAACAUGAAUGUCACCAGCUGGGAAUUCUACCAAAAACACACUAAAAAAGAGAAUUCAUUUAAUUUAGGACACUCUAAAUUAACAUUUAACAUUUAAACAUUUUAUGGAGAAAUCAGAAUGUUGGUGACUCACAUAACCGGUCUAGACUACUACUUCAUUUCAUUACUGUUAAAGAGGAAAAUAAAUAAAAUAAAAUAAAUUGGCACCAUAAUGAGUACCUGUACCUGUACUAGAAUUACAGCUUAGUAUUAAAAGGAGCUGCUGUGAUUUCUAACUCCAACAUACUCACUUCACAUGUAACUAUAACAACUCCGUGUUAGUGGUUUUUGCGUGAGGCUCAUUGUUCUGUCGCAAAGUACAGACAAUUUAGUUUCAAAUGGCAAAUGUGGACAGGGUCAAAGCAGAAAAACAGAGAAGCGGGUUUCAGAGGGGAACAAGUGUUAAAUAUGAACAGGGUUGGUUUUCGCUGGCCUUAUAUAAUCUUUCUAACUUCUUUCUAAUGCUGACUGUUAAAUACUCUUUGUAUCUCACUUUAAAAAAAAGAAACAUUGUGUAAAGGAAAAAAAAAUGUUCUCUGUUAUUUGAAUCAGAACCUGGUUAACGAUGGACAGCGAUGGACUGUCGUUUUGGCCGUUGCGGGUCACAUUAGGUCCUCUUUGUUACUCUGCAAUAUAUCCAAACACACUUUUGCAGUAUUUUAUAGAUCCAUGACCUCAAAGUUUUUAAAUUCUUUUUUUGUACUUUAUCUCUUCUAUAUGAUUAAACAUGAUUUUGCUCCAUUGCGGCUCGUUGACGAAAGUAACACUUCACCCGGAGUGUCCAAAUAUGUAGGGCCACUGUGCCCAGUACCAACCUGAAAGAGGCCCUCAUUGACACACACACACACACACACAUAUAUACACAAAGUGGCACAUGACACAGGCAGAUGUACGGUUCAGCAUGUCAGUUAUGUUUUACAGUACACAAUUACACCACCUGGCUUAAAUAAUUACAAGGUCUUUUUUCCGUCUUGUUUUGAUAUAAUGUGAUCUAUGCUGUUCCUGUGGCCUUUCAAUAUAAAAAAAAAUAUAUAUAUAUAUAAGUAUAUAUAUGUUAUGAAUUUAUAUGCAAAAGUUCCUCUGUUCAUAUAACACCAGAGAUGAAAAAUAAUUUGACCAUGCUUGAAUCGACUUCCAUUGUCUGGAGUCGCCAUGUCCCAAUUACAAUAAGAAAAACACUGGGGACUUGAUCACUCGUACCCUAGGAUUUAAAUAUAAAUCAGUAUGGAGCUUUUCUACUUUAAAAAAACAAAAAAAAAAAUAACAGUUAAUUUCAAGCUGCUUUCUUGAGUUGUUGUGUCUUUGUAACAAUGAAAGAGAAAUCAAGUCUGUUUCUCUGUUUGUACAUUUGCCAGAUCACAGGAACGGCAGUUUCUGCGUCCCUUAAACUUGUAGCUACAUCUUGACGAGAAUUAUGCUCGGGAGGUAAAAGACAUGAAUGAGGGGGAGCAGAGGGGGGAGGAGACGAGGAGACGUGGAGGCGGCAGCAUAAAAACACAAAGUGAAAGAGAAAACAUGAAUGAUUUUAAAAUGUUACCUCAGUGAGGAAUUUUUCAGGGAUUUUUUUGACAAUGCAUCUUGCAUAGUGUUCACAGCUUCAAACACAUGUUGAAUAGCUGUUUUGUAUUGUGCUGUAAACUUUUUUUUUUUUUUUAAAGAAAAAAGAAAAGAUGCAAUCUGUCUGUGUAAAAACAAGGUGUGUGUUAAGUGAGGCAGUUUCACCUUUCUGUCUCCUGAAGGAAAUGCGAUUGACCCUAUGUAUUGUACAGUAUAUGGAAACAACAUAAGACAUGUUUAUACUGCAAAUAAAUAUUGAAAUAUUUUUUUCUUUAA